AUGGGGCACGAUGAUGAACCUUUAAGACCAGUCUACAACCCACAACUACCACCGUGGAUUGGCCGUUAUACUGGUCGGGAAUAGUAAGUCCGUUUUGUUCGUAUUUUGCUUUUAUGAACUUUUUUUAAUUACUGUGUUUUAGCAAGGGCCGACUUGAUUGGUGGAAUGAACUUGGCUUUCAUGUGGAGGAUGAAAUUAACAGGAAAUGGGUUCCUGUUCAUGAGCCAAUUCGAGAACAUCAUAGAGAUUGGUAUGAGGUUUCGUUUCAUGUUUUCUUUAUUUCGAUGCCUUGAAAGAAAAUGACGAUAGGGUUUAUAUUAUUUUAGGUAUGACCCAAAAGUGAAGGAUGGAACAUCAUUGGCCAACCUUCACGGCCUGGACACCAAGUUUUAUCCAGACAUGGCGAAAAAGGGAGAUACUCCAAUUAAUCAAUUCAAAUUUCAAGAACAAGUAAUGAAGAGUUCGGCGCAAUACAAACAGAUUGCCGAGAAGUACAAUCUGAGCCCUGAACAUCCUGGAAUUGCAGUAUCUCCAGGCUUGAGUGCUCUCAGUUACACACCGAAGAAUUUCCUUGGCUUUGAGGGAGUAGUAAUGUGGCCAAAGUCGUGGCUUACUUGGGGACCUCGAUUCUUUGACAAGCCGAUGAAUGAAGGAUGUUUUGAAAAGGGAGCUGCUCUUGUCAAGUACACCGCCUUGGGAAGUGAGUUAAUUGUACAAUUAUCGUAUUCUGCUAUUAGCUCUCUUUUACGCCGGAAUGAAGUGGAGAAAGGUGGAGGACAAAAGUUUGGAGUACAUUCGUUUCAAAGAAAUUGGAAAGUUGUAUCUGAAGAGUCUUCCCGUCCCAUGCGCAUUGGCUUUUGCUUAUGGUAGCGCUAUUUGCACUUCAGCGGUGCUGAGAAAUACAGAUGAUGUUUGGAAUCAUGUAAAUGCGGCUGUUUUCACCAGUAUCUGCUUGUCAACCAUCAGUAAGCAAUUAUAUUAUUUUAGACCUUUCGUUUAAUACUACCGAUUAAUACACCAUUUUUAGAAGGCGCUUGGGGGCCUGGAAUUAUUCUCUCUCUUCCUCUUUUGACGUUUGGCCAAGCCUGGCAUUACAACCGAGUCACUCGAUAUGGAAUUGCCGGUCCUGCCCGAAACCCGUCUUACGGUGGAAUUUGGGGAACGGGAGCCAAACAACACGAAGCCCACAAUAUCGGUGGCCAUAUUGGAAUCAGUCAUACUCCGUAUUGA